UUUCCAGAAAAAAUAAGCUUCUGCAAUCUUUUAUUAACAAAAAACAACAAUUUUGUUCCCUAAUAUCUACAGCAGUACAACUGGAAAAAGAUUACACCGUACACAACAUCUAACGAAAGGUCGAGAAAUUUCCGGAACGCUGCUGUAUUCCAGCCAGGCGAAAAUGUCUUCUUCGCCAUUCCAUCAUUUCAGCUUCUAUCCCGGUGCGAAGAAGACCACACCGUUAAAGAUUCGCAAUCCGAGCAUUCAUCCAUCGCAAAUUAUGCCAUCGCCGAGCGGAAUCCCAUUCAACAUGUCCGACAUGCCCUGGUGCUAUGCUGGCAAGCCCGGUCAGCUCAUGGAGUUCAAUGCGGUCAUUCGUCCGAGCCCGGUGCAGAUGGCCAUGCCGAUUGGGCAAUUCCAGCCAGUCCCAAUGUAUACGGAGAUUCGUAAACGCAAAACGGAACUGGAUGUGCCAAUUCCCACGAAGCAAUUUUUGACGGAAGAUGCAAUGGCAUCGCAUCUAAACAAUCUACAUUUAUCCUCGGAGUAUACAACGCACAACAUUGAGACGGCAGCGGCAGAAGACAUAACGGCAACGGAGAGUAAUGCUGGAGGGUACUCUCCUUGUUCAUCACUCGAUGAUGAAAUGUCGCUAGGGGAGUCGCCGCUAACCCAAGCGUCGGGCAGCCAUCACGUUUACAUGUCCCCCCAAGAAUUAGAGGAGCGACUUCGAAAGGCCCAACGCAUUUCUCUCUGCGAGGAGGUACGAAAAUUAGACAAACAGGCAACGGAUAUUCUACCGCAGGCGCUGCUGCAGCGGAUCGAAAAACCCUGUUCGGCUUUGGUAUUGUGGCAGCCACCACAAACUCUUGAGAAGCUGAUCACCAAGGUAAGCGACGCCUUGCGGGAACGAGAACAGCAGAGUAAAGCUAAAACCGAAUCGGAAACGGAACCAACCGAUCGAAGGCCGAACGAGGCUGCGAUGAUGAUGAUGGGCGACGAUGAGCCACUGCCAGAUCUCCCGGAUUACGAUGCCGAUCUUGAUUUUGAGGAGAACAACAAUAACGUAGCGUCGAUGGGUGAUCUCAACAAUGUUAUGGACGUUGAAAUGUAGUGACCAUCGCUGGACCACCGGGAGUAAACGGAUGAUGCGUGUUUUUGUACGUUGAUGAACGUGUCCAGUGAGGUAUGACGAUCUUGGCGGUUCCAACUAAUAGCGCUUUCUACUGCGGAUAACGGUGUGCCGCUCAAGCCAUAUAGUUGGAUGUUGGAGUGAUCGAAACAGUUAAGCAUGUUCUACUAUAUAAUUAAGAUUAAUAUCACGGCGUAAGUUUUUUUUUUUUGUAAAAAUAGUUGUAAGAAAAAAUUAUUCUUAGUGCUUAUGCAUUUUUUCGGAUGAAUACUUGAAUAAAAAAACGGGAAA